AUGCGUUUCAUUUCCGCUAUACCGUUUAUUCUGUCUCUUGCUACCGCGGAUUGGUACGAUGAAUGCGAUUGUCAUAGUCCGGACUCUACAGGCACUUGGGGGUAUAAUUGGGAGUUGACGUUCUUUACCUGCGUAGAAGGCCGCGGCAGGUACAUCAAGGAAACUGGUCGUUGGUCGUCCUAA